CUGCAGGGAAAGCUUGGGCAGUGCUACGAGAACGGUGUGUGGAAGAGUGUAGGGCUCUGAUCUUGCUGGAAAUUUGUUACUGCAAGUGUGCAGUAUGAAGAGGGAAGCUAACAUUGUGCCCAAUGCAGUGUCUUCUGAGGCCAUGAAACAGAAAUAUACACAACCUGGCCAUUCAAAUUAUGAAACGCUAUUGGUUACCACUCAAGAUUGUAUCACUACAAUAACAAUGAACCGUCCAGAAAAGAAAAAUGCCAUGAGUCCUCAGAUGUGUUUGGAACUUUCUGCAGCCCUUGAAGACGCAGCCAAUGAUGACUCUGUUUUUACUGUUAUCACAGGAGCUGGUGAUUAUUUUAGCAGUGGCAGUGACCUUACCAGUGCAUUGAAAAGUAAAGAACAACUAGACGCACCACCUGUAAAUUCUGAAAAUCCUUACAGGCAUAUUGUGAAGAAAAUAAUUGAUUUCCAAAAGCCUCUCAUUGCUGUGGUGAAUGGACCUGCUGUAGGUAUUGGUGUGACAGUCCUCGCUCUUUUUGACACUGUGUAUGCCACUGAAAGGGCUACAUUUAAUACACCUUUUAGCAAGCUAGCCCUGCACCCAGAGGCAUGCUCCUCCUAUACAUUCCCUAGAAUCAUGGGCCCAAGCAAGGCUAUCGAGAUUCUAAUGUUCAACAGAAAGUUUACGGCACGUGAGGCAUGUGAUGUAGGACUAGUUGCUGAAGUUUUUCCUGAUAGCAGUUUCCAUCGGGAGGUUAGGACAAAACUGAAAGAAUAUGCUAAACUCCCUAAAAAUUGCCUUACAGCUUCCAAACAGUUGAUCCGUGAUAUGGAAAAGGAGAAGCUUCAUGAAGUAUGUGACAAGGAGUUUGAACUUAUACAAAAACGAGCAAAUUCCAAAGAAUCCUUGGAGGCUAUUAAGAAUUUUUUCCGAAAGAAGGCAAACCUUACUGAGCUCAUUGUUGCUCAUCUCAAGUACCAGUUACCUGAGAGAAUGGAAAAAACAUUGGGUUUCUGCAACCACAAAUAUUAUUGUGCAUUUUAUGCAUUUAUCAGUUUAUUAAAAUCAUUUCCCUAAGUUCCUUUAAAACAAAUGUACUUGUUCUGCAGUUAAGCUGAUCCACCCCCUUUUUCCAGGACUAAUUUACAUGUUCAUGCCAGACAACGUCCAAUCAAAUCCUGCUCAGGACACAGUAAUCACAUUAGAAAGCUCUAAAAACACGCAUGACAUUAGAUAUUAGUAAAUA